AUGAAACAGCGAAUAACAAUGAAAUAUGAAUAUGUUAUAGUUAUGAUUAUGUCGAUGGUUGCUAUUAUCUAUCUUCUGAUAUUUGGAAUGCAGUCGAAAGUUUGUCUGAAAAAAUUUAGUUCCUACUCUUUACCGAAUGAUGAUAAUCUGUUAAGCAACAAAAAAAUAAAACUUGAUAUUAAGGAAUUAGAUAUGAUUACGCCAAAAUUUUGUCCAAAUACGUCAGUUAUCCAUAAUUUAAUGCCCAUACCAUGGAAAAUUUUAGAUAAAUUUCAAACAAGAAUGUUAAUUACUUCAAAAUUUCAAAUUAUAUUAACAGAAUAUUCGACAAAUGCUCGUUUAAGAACAGCAGUUCGACGUUUUAUUUCUCGUCUUUAUAGAAAAACGGGUAUUCUACUAAAUAUGAACAGUACAGUAACAUCAGAAAAAUUGAUUAUCGAAUGCAACGGAUUAGGCUCUGAUUAUCCUCAAUUAGGAGAAAACGAAUCGUAUCAGUUACGUGUUUCAACAAACAAUAUUAAUUUAAAAGCGAAAACCUUUACCGGGAUUGUUCGAGGUUUAUCAACAUUGUUGCAAUUAAUUGUCCUUAUUGAUACAAAUACGAUGAUCAUACCCGUUGUUGAAAUUAACGAUAAACCAAGAUUUCCGUGGCGUGGUUUACUGCUUGACGUUGCACGACAUUUUAUGCCAGUAAAAGUGAUUGAGAGUAUUCUUAAUGCAAUGGAAAUCGUUAAACUUAAUGUUUUUCAUUGGCAUCUCACAGAUGAUCAAGGAUUUCGAGUUGAAAGUAAAAAAUAUCCUUUGUUACACAAAAUGGGAUCCGAUGGUCAUUUUUAUACUCAAGAAGACAUUAAGUACAUUGUGGAUUAUGCACGAAAUAGAAGUAUUCGAGUUGUACCUGAAUUUGAUAUGCCGAGUCAUACAACUAGUUGGUUUGUUGGUUAUCCUGAAUUAGCAACUGUACCUUGUUCAUACAUGAUUGAACGUCAAUGGGGUGUCUUAAAUGCCAGUAUGAAUCCUACUCUUGAAAGUACAUAUCACUUUCUUGAUGUGUUUUUUGACGAAAUGGCAACACUAUUUCCCGAUCAGUAUUUUCAUACUGGUGGAGAUGAAGUAGAAAGCUUCCAAUGGAGUCAAUCAGAGUCGAUUCAAGACUUUAUACGACAACAUCGUCUUAACGACAAUCAAGGCCUUCAAGCAUAUUUUACUCGUCGUGUUCAGAAUAUAUUACAUAAACAUAAUAAACUAUUAAUUGGAUGGGAUGAGAUACUAUCAUCAAAUCUUCGACGAGGCACUAUCAUUCAAUCGUGGCGUGGUCCUGGAUCACUGAUCAAUAUAGUCGCUCAAGGUUAUUAUGGAAUUCUAUCACAUGGAUAUUAUCUCGAUCAUUUAAGCUCAGCAGCUUUUCACUAUUCUAUUGAUCCAUUAAUUGGUACACAGUGGCUUCAAGAAGAACAAUCAGCUAGAAUUUUGGGUGGCGAGGCUUGUAUGUGGUCAGAAUAUGUGAGUUCAGCAACAGUUAAUUCAAGAAUUUGGCCUCGAACAGCUGUAAUUGCUGAAAAACUAUGGUCACCUGCCAAAGAAGUUGAUGUCAACUGUAUGUACGAUCGUUUGAAAUCAAUGAACAGACUUAUAGAUCAAAUCGGUGUUAAACAUCUUUCUGAUUAUACACGUAAAUUGAAAAUUCUAGUCGGUUCUUCAAAUGAUGAACUGUUUCAAUCGUUGAAAAUACUUGCUGAUACUUGUGAAGCAUUGGGAAUUCGUGCUCGUUCUCAGACUAGAAAAUAUUCUAGCCUCGUGGCACUAAAUCGAUUUGUUGAUGUUUUACAACCAGAAAGUGAACUAAUAAGAAAUGUAGAAACUAUUGUUCGAUUGACGAAAAACACUCUAGCUAGUACUAAACUCCAUUCACUAUUUAGUGUUUGGGCAACAAAUCAUGUUCGUCUAAAAAAUUUUUUUUAUAAUAAUUCUUUAUUUAGUGAAAUUGAACUUUUAUCUGAAAAUUUAUCUAUCGUAGGAAAAAUGGGUCUUCAGGUGUUGAUGUAUAUAGACAACGGUGAAACAGUUUCAAAAAAAUGGAUCAGAGAUCAAAAUGAGAUUUUAUAUCGAUUAGAAUAUGAAGUAUCAGAAAUUCGAUUAGCUGCAGUAGGACCAUUAAGAUAUCUUUUAUUGUGUGAAGUAAGAUGGUGCUUAGAUUAUAAAAUUUUUCUCAGUGUUUUACUUGUUAUUAUUCUAUUUUUGGUUAUCGUAAAAAAAAUUGGCAAACGACGUUUAUCAUUACGCAAAUACAAUAUUAAAAUACUAAGAAAGCUAUAUUAUUCAUCUUCUCAAUAUUGUUGA